AUGUCCGAUUCUUUAUCGCCAGAACAAAAAGAAAAGCUUCAAAAAAUGAAGAGGACAAAAAAGACCAAACAAGUUGAAGAACCAGAGAACACAGAAAUUGAUACACUCACUGAAAAGUUACUCAGUGCGAAAGGGGAGUACCGAUACGCGUUCGAAGAAAAAAACGACAUGAAAGAAUUUGACACAUUGGUCCCUGAUAUGAAAAGAAAGUACUCAUUUGAACUCGACACGUUCCAGAAGAAAGCGAUUUAUCACAUGGAAUUGGGACAACAUGUCUUCGUCAUAGCACACACGUCUGCUGGUAAAACUGCGACUGCGGAAUACGCCAUUGCACUUGCGCAGUCGAAAGGAAUGAAAGCUAUAUACACCUCCCCGAUUAAGGCUUUGAGUAAUCAAAAGUACUACGACUUCAGGAAAAUAUUUGGGAAGGUCGGGAUCAUCACUGGCGAUGUUGUGAUCCAGCAACCGGACGAUUUGGUCACUAUCAUGACCACUGAAAUUCUUCGGUCGAAGUUAUAUCAAGACGCAAAGUUCAUCGACGACGUCGAUUGGGUCAUCUUCGAUGAGGUGCAUUAUGUGAAUGACGAAGAACGUGGUGUUGUGUGGGAGGAAGUCAUCAUGAACUUGCCGCCACACGUCAAAAUGUUAAUGUUGAGUGCGACGGUGGAGAAUGCGAUCAACUUUGCUGAAUGGAUAGGAAGAACUAAACAACAAAAAGUGUGUUUAGUUAAGACGUUACACCGACCCGUGCCUUUACAGCACUAUGUCUUCUGUGGGAAAUCUAAAGAGAAUAAAGAAGAUGCCCUCUACAUGUUUAAGAAGGGAGAAAUCAGUUUCUUGAACGAAAACUAUUUAGAAGCGUAUAAGAGAAUAGUCCCCAAAUUUAUGAAAGGGAAGAAAAUGUUCGACGCCGUCCACGACGUGAAACAUUUGCAACAAUUCAUCGAGUUCCUCGAUAAAGAUGGGAAGUUGCCCUGCGUCUUCUUCAUCUUCUCGAGAAAGCUGGUGAUGGACUACGCAAAGAGACUUGCUAAAUCGACGCAAUUUGAUAUUAACGCAUACAAAGUGCAAACCCUAUUCCAAGAGAUGACUGAAGGGUUAGUCGAGUCGGAGAAGAAUUUGCCACAAAUUAAAGAAGUCAAAGCGUUGUUGCUGAGAGGAGUCGGUGUACAUCACGCGGGACUUCUUCCGUUCUUAAAAGAAAUUGUUGAAGUCCUCUUUUCUCAAGGCAUUUUGAAAGUCUUGUUUGCGACAGAGACGUUUGCAAUGGGAGUUAACAUGCCUGCCAAAACAGUUGUGUUUCCUUCUGUUGAGAAGUUUGAUGGAGAAAAGAAACGCUUUUUAAACCCGGGAGAAUACACACAGAUGUCCGGAAGAGCCGGAAGAAGAGGCAUUGACCCGAUAGGGAAUGUGAUUCUCUUCCCAAACAAAGUGCUUCCAAGUUCGACACAAAUGCAAAACAUCUCAUGCGGAGCCCCUGCGAAGAUGAAGAGUCAGUUUUAUGUGACUUACUGGAUGUUACUGAAUUGGUUGACCAGUGGAAGUGACGACGUGUCUGAGAAGAUGAUUAAGAGCUUUUCGAAAAUUGAUUUGUUUGAGAUGGCGAACCGGGCACUGAUUGCACAAGAGGCUCAGAAAGUACUUGAGAAGGACGAAGAGCAGGCAAAGUGCUCGAACCCUAAUUGUGACCAUGAGGCUUUAAUUCUCAUCAAGAAGGAAAUCAAUGAGAUCAGACGCAAAAUCACAGAAGAAGUGUUUAUUGCAAAGGCACAAGGUGGAGCACACUUUUACAAGACUGGAAGAGUUGUGAAAUUCAGUCGAGAAGGUCAAUCGUUCUAUGGAAUUAUUUUGGAUAAGGUAGGCGAAGGGUUUACCGUUUACUAUUUCGACAAGACGGAAGGGAGGGUCACCCCCAUUAAUUUGCGAGACAUUAAAACGGUUUAUAAUAAAGUAUUGUAUGUCAAAGGUACUGAGAAUUACACGGAGACUACAAUAGAGUUGGGAGACAAAAAGAUCAAGACUGCUCUUUAUGAUCGACUGAAUUCGAUUAUAACAAGAAAGUAUCAAGAGCCAUUGUUCCAACCAUAUCAAUCGGAGAAAAAGCGACCGAUGAACGUGAAAGAGUUGUUCAGUGAGUAUACAAAGAACGUCGAGAUCAUGAUAAAAAUGCCUGCCUUCACUUGUAGCGUGUUUAAGAAAUUUAACAAAGAAUCGGGGAGGCGCAACAAACUUCAGAAGCUUGCGAAUGACAUACUUUUGAAUUACGAGAGCAACAAGAUGGUGAUGGAUAAAGACCUCGAGAACCGUCUUGAUGUUCUGAAGCACUUUGAAUUUAUAGACAAAGAGACGAACAUAUUAACACUGAAAGGGAAAGUUGCGAAGGAAAUGGUGAGUUCUGAUGGAAUGAUAUUGACGAAUAUGCUCUUUGAUGGACUCUUGAACAAGAUGGAGGUGUAUCAACUUGCUGCGUUGUUUAGUGUCUUUGUCUUUGAACCAUCGAAUGAGUCGAUGGAAGAACUCAUUGGCAACUUUAAGCCAGAGACCAAUGAACUGAUCGACUUACUUGAGAAAUAUGCGAUGGAAAUUGUCGACUAUGAAAAUACAAAGAACAUUGAAUAUACGAUAGAGAAGUACGUCAAAAUGAAUUACGGACUGAUGGAGGGAGUCGCAUUGUGGACGUUGAAGAAACCAUUCAAUGAAGUGAUUGACGCUUCCGCAACAACAGAAGGACUGAUUGUGAGAUGCAUAUUGCGAAUUGAACAAGUUGUCGAGGAAGUCACCCGAGCUGCCGCGAUUAUAGGGAAUGAAGAGAUGACGAAGAAGUGCGCGACACUGACGGAGUUACUCAAGCGAGACAUUGUGAAUGUGAAGAGUUUGUACUUAAGAGAUACCGCAAUUGUCGAAGGGAAAGCACACGCACAAGGAUUUAAACCGAUUUUGGUUGAUACGAAUGAGGCGCUCGACAUCUUAGACAAAAUCGAAGACAAUGGGAGAAUUGUUGUGGGCGAUGGAGAAGAGGAGAAAAUCAGUGUUGAUGGGGGGAUCAGUGACGUCCCAUUUGAGACGGAAAACAACGACGAAGAGGAAGAAAUGCCAAAACCAAGUUCAGCACAGCCACAAGUUGAAAUUGAUUUUUAA